AUGAAAGCGAUAACGAAAGCCCAGAAAAUGACAACAAUGCACAGGAGGGUCAAGAUGAUGAAACAGAGGGGGGUGGAAAACCAGUCGGAUGAAAAGGAUGAGGCCGAGGUUGAUGCGGAAGAGAAGAAGAAGGCAGUUGCAAGGAUAAAUAAGAAACUUCAAGCCAACAAGAAACUGAAGCACAAGACAGGAGUUGUGUAUUUCUCGAGUAUUCCACCUUACAUGAAACCAGCAAAGAUGAGGCAAAUUCUAUCAAGGUUUGGUGAUGUGGACCGUCUAUUUCUGAAGCGAGAGGACGAACAAAAGCACAAGCGCAGAACCAGAGGUGGCGGUAACAAGAAGGUCAUGUAUGAGGAAGGUUGGGCCGAGUUUAUCAGAAAAAGAGAUGCUAAGCUAUGUGCUGACACGCUUAACGGUAAUAUUAUCGGGGGAAAGAAAGGCUCUUUCUAUCAUGAUGAUAUCUUAAACGUCAAGUACCUUCCGGGUUUCAAAUGGACCGAUUUGACAGAACAAAUCGCAAGAGAAAAUGAUAUCAGACAAUCCAAGUUGGAGAUUGAAAUAUCCCAGGCCAACAAGAUGAACGCAGAGUUCGCCAAGAACGUCGAGAAGAGCAAGAUGUUGGAGAAUAUCAAGAGAUCCAAGAGAUCUGCUAGCGAAGACGGCAAAAGAGACGCCAAUUCGCACAGGUCUUUCAAGCAACACAAAGUGGCCACCACAAGAGCCGAUGCGCCAUCAGAGAUCAAGCAAAAGAACUCCUCAAAGGACCUUGGAUCAGUAUUAAAUAGUCUCUUCUAG